AUGUCCGCACCAUCAGGAAGCGGAGGCUGGACCCAACUGCGGCAGCAGGCCAGGACGCUGGAGACGCAGACCGAGAGCCUCUUCCAUACCUACUCGCAGUUCUCCGCGGCUGCCAGCAUCCCGCCGAAACCGACAGAGGAAGAACGCCAGACGGAGGCCAAGAUCGAGGAGCUGCUAGAAAAGCGCGAAUCCGUCGUCUCCCAACUAUCACGGCUGCUCGACUCGGAAGCAUCCCUCACCUCGUCGGCCCUCAAGCAAAACAACCUCUCGCUGCUGCGCGAAAAGCUCUCCGCCCACAAGCGCGACCUCGGCCGCCUGCGCAGCACCCUCCAACAGGCCCGCGACAGGGCUAACCUUUUGACCAACGUCCGAUCCGACAUCGACCAGUACCGGGCCAACAACCCCGAGGCUGCCGAGGCCGAGUACAUGCUCGAUGAGCGCAACCGCAUCGAUAACAGCCACAACAUGGCGGACAGCGUCCUGAGCCAGGCGUAUGCCGUCAACGACAACUUCGUUCUGCAGAGGGAGACGCUGGCGAGCAUCAACCGCCGCAUCACCAUGGCGGCGAGCCACGUCCCCGGCAUCAACAGCCUGAUUGGCAGGAUAUCGGCCAAGAAGAGGAGGGACGGAAUCAUCAUGGGCUGCUUCAUCGCGGCGUGUUUCCUUGCAUUCUGGUGGUUCAUGUAG